UUUCCUCCAAAAUCAAUCACCGUCCGUUUGAGAUUUUUUCAAUGGGAAAGUGGAAUCACCACCGAUCGAGAUACCACCGUCGCAGAUCUCCUGAGCGAUGGUUAUGGUGAAGAAGAUGGGAUUCCAGUAUGGGAAAAGAGAUUCUGUGAAGUGAUUGGAUCAGUACCAUGGCAAAAAGUUGUAGAAGCUGCUGACUUUAAGAGCUGGUAUGAUGGUAAUGUUAUCACUUGGAACGAUUCUGCUUGCGAAGAGACUUUUCAUAGUGAGAAGAAGAGGUUUUGGUCUCGUGUUAAUGGUCUUCGUUGUGAUGUUCCUCUUCCUGAUCCGGAUCUUUAUAUUAGUGAAGUUGAUUGGGAUACUUUUGUUGACCCUGAACUCAUUAGGGAUUUAGAAACUGCUUACUUUGCUCCUCCUGAUGCCGAGGUUGAGUGUGGUUUUAAACGUGGGCGGCGAGAUAUGAAUUGGAGUGGUUGUGACAGUGACAAAGUCUAUGGUGUUAAUGCGUUGGACAAUAAAUCGAAUGGUUGGAAUCUAUCAGUGAGUGGUGCUGAUUAUUCAAAAGAUAGGGUGGGUUAUGUGGAAGCCGAGCCUAGCUGUGGAAAUGAGAAAGCAAAUGAUUCAACAUCUUGGGGUUGUUGGAGGACUGAGGCUCGGAGGGAGAACCAGUGGAAAGCCAAAGAUAGUUGGGAGAACUCAGGCCAGGGAAAUGAUGAUGGAUGGGAUAAUUCAGGGCACCAAAACAAGAAAGCGAGAGGUUCUGAGAGUGUACCAGCUGAAGAUUAUGAAAUGCUUGACAAUCCUUGGGAAGCCAAGCCUAGUUGUAGAAAGGAGUCAGCUAAAGAAACCACUUGGGGAGGUUGCUCUGGCAAGGGAUGGGAGGAUAGAGUUUGGAAUAAUGAGUGUUGGGGCAAUGGUGGAUGGGACAACCAGGAGUGGCCUAGUAAGGGAUAUAGUCGUGAUAGAGGUUGGAACAAUGAUUCUUGGGGAAGUGGUGGACGGGAAAACCAGGAGUGGCCUAGGAAGGGAUAUAGUCGUGAUAGAGGUGGGAACAAUGAGUCUUGGGGCAGUGGUGGACGGGAAAACCAAGAGUGGCGUAGUAAGGGAUAUAGUUGUGAUAUUCGGGAGCCACAGGGUUAUAAUCCAAGGAGAGCUGGUUUUGUGCCUGACAGUGCAGCUUUGAGAGAUCAUAGGGAAAAUGCAGGCGGUUGGCAAACACGUCGAGCAACUGAGACAAAGCAAAGAAGUUGGAAUGUGAAACGAUCAAGUGAUGAUGGUUGGGGUGGGCAAAACAAGGAAAGAGAUGAGGUAUAUGGACACCAUUCUAACUACAGAAACCCAUGGCCUAGAAGAGAUGAUUAUCAGAACAGGAAGGUCAAUUUUUCAGCUAAGUAACUCAAAUGAUCCAUUGGUUUUUUGUCAUGUAUUUCUGUGUUUGGAGUUUUAGCUUUUUAUGGUAUGUGCAGACAAGUGUAGUUAAGCUUAGCUAUUGACCUUCCAAGGUAACUCAAAGGCAGGGUUUAUUUUGUUUCCAACUCAAAAUUAGCAUAGAUGUAGAGUAUAUACAUAUGAGUACCAUUUUGUGAUGAUAAUGUUUGAUACAUACUUUGACUAUUCAAGGUUUUUGGCUUGCCUUUGAGGCUGGAUUGAUAAUGAAUAUGUUUCUUUUUGAA